UGGAUGCAGCUGGGGUGACCACGGUUUCGCUUUAGAGGAAACGGAACCCGCGGGUCCCGCAGCGCGCAGCGCGCACGCCAAGUAUCCGAGGAAGGGGCGCCGGGACACGGGACCACCGCCACUAAUCCCCGGAUUAUGGAUAAACUGGGGCCGAUCAUUGCCUUGGGCCAAGGCGUCUACAAACAGUGUGAAAAGAUGAAGUACUGCAAGAAACAGAGUGAGCGUCUAGGAGAGCGUGUGAAGGGCCUGAUAUGGGCUUUGCAGAGGCUUCAGGACCAAGGAGAAAGGAACAUGUCUGAACACAUCAUCAAAGUCCUGGAUGAUUUUGAACUGGCACUGCUGGAAGCUAAGCAGCGGAUAGAACAUUUCAACAAGAAAACCAACUUCUACAGGUUUCUAAGUGCGGACAAGGAUAAGAUACUGUUCCAGGAAGUGAAUGAGAAGUUGAGAAAUGUCUGGGAGGUGUUCUCCAUGACACUUCAGAUUGAUCAGCAUUUUCUCCGCUCCUGGGAAAAGGAAGAUCAGCGUGAUGUACUGGAGGAUAAGCAAUCCCACCAAAGGCUCAGAGAAUUAGAAAAUAAAAAUCUAGAAGCUACCCUGAAAGAAAUUCAGAAUACCUUGAAGCAAAUGAAGUCAGACCAAGAGAAAUUCAGGCAGCAGGAGCAAAUCAACCAAGAGCAACCUGGACAGCAGGUGCAAAUCAAAGAGAUUAAGAUGGAAGACCUUUCAGGAUCCCCGUGGACCCGAAUAAAGGAAAGCGAACACAGUACUGUUUACACAGGAGAGUAUUUCAAAUCUACAGUGGCCAUAAAAGUAUUCAACAAAGCCAAGGCCAGAAGCAUUGAGGUAGUGAGACAUCCUUUUAAUAAUGAAAUCAGAGCCAUGAAGAAAUUUGAUUCUCCCAACAUCCUUCGUAUAUUUGGUAUUUGCAUUGAUAAAUCAGACAAUCUGCCUCGAUUUUCUAUCGUCAUGGAGUACUGUGAGCUCGGUACCCUACGGGAACUGUUGGAGGACAAAAAGGAUCUUUCAUUGGGUAUGCGAAUCCACCUAAUCCUGGAGGCAGCCAGAGGUUUAUACAGGUUGCACUAUUCAGAACCACUUCAACUCCAUAGAAACAUCAACAGUUCCAAUUUCCUGGUAACUGGAAACUACCAAGUGAAGCUUGCAGGGUUUGAGCUAAGUAAAACUCAGACUUUCAUCAGUCAGAAAAGGAAGAUGAAAGCAGAUAAAGUCAAUUCUACAGCAUAUGUCUCACCCCAAGGACUGAAAAAUGGGUUUUACAGAUAUGAUGUACAAGCCGAAAUAUACAGCUUUGGCAUCGUCCUCUGGGAAAUUGUCACUGGGAAGAUUCCUUUUGAUGGCAAGGAUAAUGAGGAGAUCUACCAGCUGGCAGCUAUGGAAGGGUACCAGGAGCCAGUGAACGAAGACUGCCCUCCAGAGCUACAGGAGGUCAUUGAAAUGUGCCUGGCCUAUGAGCCCUCUCAGAGACCCUCUGUUAAAGAAAUCUUAGAGAAACUGUCUGUCUUUACUGAGUCACGGAGUCCUGGACAAGACACUGAGAGAGGUACUUCUUCUGAUUUACAAGUAAACCACGAUCCUCAGAUCUCAGGCUCCUGAGUACCUAGGAUUAUAGGCAAGAGCCACUGAUGCCUGGCUUUCUUCCAUUAUUUUUUAUUUUUUUAAGGAAUUCAAUAAAUGAAAGCCACAACAAUGGACUAUCAAUGUGAAGACUUUGUUCACAGAAGGAACAAGACAAUGGCAUACCGCUGUGGGUUUCUGUUCUCCCCUAUUGCAUGGUCUUUGGGUCUCAAAGGUUUUUGGGCCAUUAUGCAAAUGAAGCAUCAAAAAGCCGACCAAUCAAAGAAGACUUGCUUUGUCAUUCUGAGUCUGCAAAUUUGAGCUUAGUUCUCUAGGAGGUCUCUGGUACCUCCCCGCCCCAUGAAGAGAAGCCAGGGGGAGGGAUAGAGGGGGGGAUGUUCUGUUCUCUGCUAGUCUCUGUUGCUGGGAUAUUUUUUGAAACAAUCUUGCAUUUUCUUUCUUCCUUUUGUUUUCUUUGAUGUGUGUGUGUGUGUGUGUGUG